UGUCAGUGUCAUGUCUUAUUUAUAAACACAAAUCAAAGCAUUUUAUAUUAGCUAAUAAUUCUCUGAUAUUAAUUCAUAUCUGCGUUGCAUAUAAAGUUAAUAAUAAUUUAAUAUAGUUUGAAAGUAUGUACUUGAAAUAAUUAAAAUGUCUGAAGAAACGAAACAUAACACCAACAAUAGGUUAUGCGGCUUAUGCGAAAAGAAUACCAGCAAAUACUGCUGCCCUCGAUGCGAAGUACUCUACUGUUCCCUCGACUGUUACAAAACAGAAAAACAUUUGCAAUGUUCAGAGAGCUUUUACAAGGACUGCGUCAAUCAGGAGCUUGCUUCUAAUAAUGUAGAUGAUGAAUCUAAAAAUCAAAUGAUUGAGAUCCUGAAGCGAAUGCAGGACCAAGAAACAGAUGGCACAGAUAAUGUAGAUGAAAAUGAAAGUAUAGAUUCGGAUGAUGAAAUUCAAGUCGAUUUACAUGAACGACUGCAAGAUAUGAAUUUAGAAGAUGCAGAUUCUGUAUGGAAUGCCUUAACUGAAGAUGAAAAGAAUGAAUUUGAGGCAAUAUUAAGUCAAGGAAAUGUAGGGGCUAUAGUGUCUCAUUGGGAGCCUUGGUGGAUGUAUCGUCGGGAUAAAAAGUUGAUCGAAGAUUUGAAACAACCUAAUAAUGAAGAAGAAAUACUUAAAAAUUGUCCUUGUAUAAAAUCUGUCCCUCUAUUCAAUACUCUAACGAGCAUCAAGCCAUCACCAUCUAUAAGGUUCAACAUUAUAAAUGUACUAGCGGCAUAUGCAUUCAUAAUGCGCUACUUCAAUGGGGAAGUGGAGCCAGUAGAAGCAACUACUUGUGUGUUAAACGUUUGUGAUAAUCUGAAUAACAAUAGUAAUUAUGAUGAUCCUGAUAUAGCAGUGGAGGCAGUCACACAAAAGUGUUUACAGAGUGAACUCAUAGAAACAGAUGAAGAUAGUCUCGAAAUUAUGAGACACGACACAUUCCUUUUAUUUCAAGGACCAAGUGAAGAUAACGCCCUAUUCUACACUAAAGCAGCUCUUUCACACCUUAUUCAAAUAUUUAAUGAAUCAAAAUCAUCAUCAAAAAUUAAACCCGAGGAUAAACAAAGUAAAGGUGACUUUACAAGAAAGUUCCCUGAUCAUGGAAAGAAUCACCUUCCCUCACUAGAUAUAAGUAAAGUUAAGAAAUGCAUAAAGAAAAUGGAAUUUUAUAUAUCAUUCUUGAAUACAUGUAAAUAUUAAAAUG